AUGACCAACAUCCGAAAGACCCACCCACUAAUGAAAAUCAUAAACAACUCAUUCAUUGACCUUCCAGCACCGUCCAAUAUUUCUUCUUGAUGAAAUUUUGGUUCCCUAUUAGGAGCUUGCCUAGUCAUUCAAAUCAUCACAGGCUUAUUUCUAGCAAUACAUUACACAGCAGACACAACAACCGCAUUCUCCUCCGUAACUCACAUCUGCCGAGAUGUAAACCAGGGCUGAAUCAUUCGCUACCUACACGCUAAUGGAGCAUCCAUAUUCUUUCUAUGCCUUUUCCUCCACGUAGGACGAGGUAUGUACUAUGGAUCCUUUACUCUAACUGAAACCUGAAAUAUUGGUAUCAUUUUAUUAUUUACAGUAAUAGCAACUGCUUUUAUGGGAUAUGUUCUCCCAUGAGGACAAAUAUCAUUUUGAGGCGCAACAGUAAUUACUAAUUUAUUAUCAGCAAUCCCCUAUAUAGGCACUGAUCUAGUAGAAUGAAUCUGAGGCGGCUUUUCCGUCGACAAAGCCACACUCACUCGAUUCUUCGCAUUCCAUUUCAUUUUACCAUUUGUUAUCUUAGCCCUAGUUAUAGUUCACCUCCUCUUUCUCCAUGAAACCGGAUCAAAUAACCCAUUAGGUAUUCCAUCAGAAUCAGACAAAAUUCCAUUUCAUCCUUACUACACAAUUAAAGAUUUACUAGGACUUAUAUUCCUUUUAAUUACACUUAUAAUUUUAGUACUCUUCUCCCCUGACUUACUAGGCGACCCUGACAACUACAUGCCGGCCAACCCACUCAGCACCCCUCCCCAUAUCAAACCAGAGUGAUAUUUCCUCUUCGCCUACGCUAUCCUGCGAUCUAUCCCCAAUAAACUAGGAGGAGUCCUAGCUCUAGUUAUAUCAAUUCUAAUUCUUGCAAUCAUCCCUAUAUUACAAACCGCCAAGCAACGAAGCAUAACAUUCCGACCACUUAGCCAAAUUAUAUUUUGAAUCCUUACGGCAGACCUACUUAUCCUUACAUGAAUUGGAGGCCAACCAGUUGAACACCCCUUCGUAACUAUUGGACAAGUAGCCUCUAUUCUAUAUUUUUCUCUGAUCCUUAUCAUUAUACCAACCGUAAGCCUUUUCGAAAAUAAAAUACUUAAAUGAAGA